AUGCGCUCUGCCAGGAAGCACAGCAAGAAGAGCCUGAAGAUGCAGGCCAACAACGCCAAGGCCAUGAGCGCACAUCCUGAGGCUAUCCAGGCUCUCGUGCAGCCUAAGAUCCCAAAGGGUGACAACCACAGCUCCGUCGACCUGCCUACAUUGCUCACCAAGCCUGGGAAAUGUGCUCGGGUCCACAUCACCAAGGGUCUCGGGCUCUGCCAGCCAAAGUCCAAGGCCAACGCUGACACCAAGCCCCAGGCUUUGACUGCGGCUCAGGCUCAGGCUCCCAAAGCUGCCCAGGCCCCCUACAGGCUCCACAGUAGAGGCCACUGUCUGCUGAUGUGA